UACAAAUUAAAUAGAAGAGAGAGUGUGACGCGCAUUAACGUUCGAGAAGAAUAAAAAUUAUGUCCGAUGAAAUAGUAGUUAAUACAGAUGUCGGGAAAAUUCGUGGGAAACUACAGAGAGAUUACCACGAUGGGAUUUUUUAUAGUUUCAGCGGAAUACCUUACGCGAAACCACCCAUUGGAGAAUUAAGAUUUAAGGCACCUGAAGCAGCUGAACCAUGGGAAGGCGUCAGAGAUGGUACUAAAGAAGGAUACGAAUGUCCUUCGUUGGAUUUAACUUUUAAAUAUCACAUUGGACACGAAGAUAAUUGUUUAAACUUGAAUAUUUAUACGAAAAACUUUCAGAGAAAAAAUAUGCAGCUAAUUCCAAAGAAACCUGUCAUGGUUUUUAUACACGGUGGUGGAUUUAUUUACGGAUCGAAUAAAUCGCAACUCAUCGGCCCAAAUUACCUAAUGACCGAGAAUAUUGUAUUUGUAACAAUCAAUUAUCGACUUGGAGUGUUCGGGUUUCUUUCUAUGACGGAUCAAUCUUUGGGUGUACCUGGUAACGCGGGUUUGAAAGAUCAAGUUUUAGCUUUAAAAUGGGUACAGAAACACAUCGACAAAUUCGGUGGGGACCCAAAUAACGUCACGAUAUUCGGAGAAAGUGCCGGUAGUGCUUCGGUUCAUUAUCUUUUACUUUCACCGCUUUCGAAAGGAUUAUUUCAUAAAGCAAUUAUGCAAAGCGGUUGCGCCUUCAAUUCUUGGGCUAAAGGUACGAAUAAUUUCAAAGCUAUAGCUAAAGCUAUGGGUUAUAAAGACGUAGAUGAAAAAACAGUUUUCCAAAAACUAUGUAGAGCUAGUGCCAAAAGUCUAGUUACCGCGCAAUGCAAAAUAGAAGACGCAUUUUUUGCUAGUUUUCAAAGGCCAUUCGUUCCCGUAGUGGAAUAUCCGCACGAAGGGGCGUUUUUAACUGAAAAUCCCGAAGAAAUAAUGAAAAACGGAAAAUACCAUCAAGUACCUUGUAUAAUAGGAUAUACAUCGAUGGAAGGUCUUUUGUACGAGCUAAUGAGAAGAACCAGAAACGACGCGGGUCUUCCGGAAAAUUUAGAAAGAGAUAUACCGGUCGAUAUGAAUGUUACACAAAAAUCGGAAAAAGCUAAAGAAAUAGCGCAGAAAAUGCAGAAAUUUUAUUACGAAGACAGAGAUCUAUCAGAAAAAAACAUAAACGAUAGAUACGUGAUGUUGAGCGACACGCAGUUUCUUUAUGGUAUCCAAAAAACCAUAAAAUUGAUGAAACGACACGGUUCUAAUCCCGUUUACGUUUACAGAAUGAGUUUAGUGAGUUCUUUAAACUUCUUAAAGAAAGUUUGUGAAGUUAAGCAUCUGAAAACGAUGCUAGUUCUAUCGGCGUUAACGAAAAUUUCUGGUGGAUCGAGUUUGAAGACAUUCUUUCAAAACCUACGAGAAAAACUUCCAGUGAAGCAUAUACAGGGUGUAUCGCACGCCGACGAUCUGUUUUACCUGUUUAGCACUCAUAUUAACCCGAGUAUCGUUAGGGGUAGCGAAGAAGAUAAAUAUAUACGGAGGUUUGUUAAACUUUGGACGGAUUUCGCAAGAUUUGGUAAUCCUACGCCGAAACCUGAAGAAAUUUUCGAUAAUACGAUUUGGAAUACGGUGCAGGAUGAAAGUAUAGCAAAUAUUUUCGAUAUUAAUAGAAGAAUUACUAUUACCAAAAACUUUGAGGAGAAAAGAGUGAAAUUUUGGGAAGAUAUGUAUAAAACUUAUAAAAUUUAUUAUCGAUUAUUCACAUUCAAUUUGAUGAAUAAAAGUUUGCUACGCUCCUGGUUUCACGAAAUAACUAGCGAGUCCAAGUUCGAUACAUCGAAAAUGUCGCAACCCAUUGUACAGGUAAAACAAGGAAAAUUAUUAGGAAAAAUACUUGACGACGUGUAUGGUAAAAAAUAUUAUAAUUUCCUCGGUAUACCAUACGCAAAACCCCCAUUAGGAGAACUAAGAUUUAAGGCUCCACAACCACCUGAAAAAUGGAAAGGCGUUCGGAAUGCCACCGAGGAAGGCAACGAAUGUUUCGCUAGACAAUUCAUGGAAUUUUCCGGUUCGGAAGAUUGUUUAUACCUCAAUGUAUAUACAAGGGAUAUUUGUAGUGAAAAAUUAAAACCUGUAAUGUUUUGGAUACAUGGAGGGGGAUUUACGACUGGUUCUAGUACUAAUAAACUCUACGGACCGGAUUAUUUGAUACAGGAAAACGUCGUAUUAGUCACAAUAAAUUAUCGUUUAGGACCGUUAGGUUUUUUGGCUUUAGAAGAUCCAGAAGCUGGAGUACCAGGCAACGCGGCUUUUAAAGAUAUGGUAAUGGCGUUGAAAUGGGUGCAAGAUAAUAUAAAACAGUUUUCUGGUGAUCCUAAUAACGUUACGAUAUUUGGCGAAAGUGCCGGAGCCGCCUCUGUACAUCUACUAAUAUUAUCCCCAAUGGCAAAGGGUUUAUUCCAUAAAGCUAUUCUACAGAGUGGUUGUGCCACAAACGGUUGGGCGUUGCCUAAUAAAGUGACAGCUCACAUUUUCGCUCAAAAAGCCGGUAUAUUCACCAACAGUGACAAGGAGCUCGUUAAACAUUUACAGCAAUUAACUUUGGAUGAAUUAGAAGAAACAAUAAAGAAAUUACCGGGGCUGUACGCAAUUGGAGAAUUAUUUCCAUACGGACCAGUUAUAGAAAAAAGUACCAAAGAACCGGCUUUUCUUACCGAAGAUCCUAUAGAUAUAAUUAAAUCCGGAAAAUAUAACAAAGUACCGAUGAUGAUUGGUUGUUUAUCUAGAGAAGGGAUGUUUAUAUAUUCUAUUUGCACCAACGCCAAAAAUAAUUUGGUUUUAGUACCCGAAACGCUGAUACCGAGAUCUGUGAAUUUAAGAAUCGGUAGCAAUUUACAUAAGGAAGCAGCUGAUAGAGUGAAAAAAUUUUAUUUCGGCGAUAACGAUCCAUUGGAAAAUAUCGAUCAAAUAUAUAAGUUGUAUACAGACAAUUAUUUUCUCUACGAGGUUUAUAAAACGGCAAAGCUACACGUAGAAACCAAUCAACAUCCGAUUUUUUUCUACAGAUUUCUCUUCGAUACCGAAUUGAAUGUUCUUAAAAACAGUUACGGAAUUUCGGAUCCAGGUGCUGCGCACGCCGACGAUUGUGGUUAUCUUUUUAAAAGUGAUUUUGUACCAGAAGUUGAAGAGGGUAGCAAAGAAGAAUUGGCUAUCAGGAAAACUGUUAGGUUAUGGUCGAAUUUUGCGAAAUUCGGAAAACCGACUAUUGAUAAAAAAGAUUAUUUAGUAAACAAUCAAUGGCUGCCGAUUACAAAAAGUAAAUUUCGUGUUUUCGAUAUCGGAGAUGAAUUUAAAUUGUACGAGGAACAUCCCGAAACGAAAUCUAUGCUUUUUUGGGACGAAAUGCAUAAAAUAAAUCCUUAUAGUUCCAAAUUAUGAUGUUUAUAUAUGAAACAUGAGAAAUUUUAUAGUUAUUAAUAAAUUGUGUAGAGAAGAGUUUUAAGCAAAAUUAAUUUCUGAAAUCUGUUGAAUGUUGAAAAACGUUUUUUGAAUAGAGUUCUAUUCAAACAUUGAAGCUUUUAAUAAAUAUAAUUUGGAAAUUGGACAA